AUGGCAGAAGGUAAGGAGAGGCUCCGGGUCUACCGCCAGACUCUAAUGGGGGGUCUUCGGAUGGCUGCUAGGAAGCCGGCUAAUUUGGCUAAGGUAGGAAAUGUACAGCAGGAGAAGGAUGAAUCUCCAGCGGCCUUCCUAGAUCGGGUCACGGAGGCGUUCUGUACCUAUACCCCCAUGGACCCAGAGACUCUCGAGAACAAGGCGGCUGUUAUCAUGGCCUUUGUAAAACAAUCUGCUGCAGACAUUAGGAGAAAACUGCAGAAGAUAGAUAGACUAGGGGAGAAAAGUCUGCAGGACUUGCUGGUAGUAGCCGAAAAGGUGUACAACAACCGGGAGCCCCCUAAAGAUAAACAGGCUCAUGCCGUGGCAGCUGCCAGCAGUAAGCAAACCCGAGACCUGGGAAGUCGGGGUUCGGACCCCCUCCCCGAACCCAGGGUAACUCUUAGAGUGGAGGGGACCCUUGUUGACUUCCUUGUCGACACCGGAGCGCAACAUUCGGUCCUCCGUACACCUCAGGGGAAGCUAGCAAACAAGAAGUCCUGGGUACAAGGGGCAACUGGUAUGAGCCAGUAUUCAUGGACUGCCCGAAGAACGGUAGAUUUAGGGAUGGGCCAGGUAUCCCACUCCUUCAUGGUGAUACCGGAAUGCCCCUAACCACUAUUAGGACGGGACUUACUGACCAAGAUUGGAGCUCAGAAUUUCAGUCAAGGGGGGCCUCAGGUCACCGAUGGCAAAGGCCACCCCAUCCAGGUCCUGACUCUGAGACUGGAGGAUAAGUACCGCCUCCACCAGAAGGCGUCCCCAAUAGAGAGCAACAUAGACAGAUGGCUACAAGAAUUCCCCACAGCUUGGGCAGAGACGGGGCGGGGGGUAGGACUAGCCGCUCACAGGACCCCAAUCCUAGUAGAGCUAAAACCAGGAGAAGGCCCAGUAAGAAUCAAGCAGUACCCUAUGUCUCAGGAGGCCCGGAAGGGAAUCCAGCCUCACAUCCGGAGACUGCGAAGCCUAGGGGUACUAGUUCCCUGCCAAUCUGCCUGGAACACCCCCCUCCUGCCAGUCAGAAAGCCCCACACGAAUGACUACCGACCAGUACAGGACCUCCGGGAAGUAAAUAAAAGAGUCAUGGAUAUACACCCAACUGUUCCCAACCCAUAUACUCUAUUGAGCUCCUUGCCACCCUCUAGAGUCUGGUAUACCGUAUUAGAUUUAAAGGAUGCCUUUUUCAGUCUGCCGCUGGCGCCCCGAAGCCAACCCUUAUUUGCCUUCGAAUGGCACGACCCAGAGGAGGGCUUCAGCGGACAAUUAACCUGGACAUGGUUGCCUCAGGGGUUCAAAAAUUCGCCCACCACCUUUGACGAGGCGCUACACGAGGACCUGGGUGAGUACAGGAGGGAGCACCCUGGCCUCACCCUCCUCCAGUACGUAGAUGACAUCCUGAUUGCUGCUGACACGGCCGAGGACUGUGAGUGGGGGACCCAGGAUCUGCUGGCUACCUUGGGGGCCUUAGGGUACCGGGCAUCUGCGAAGAAGGCUCAGAUAUGCAGAGAGAGAGUAAGUUACCUGGGAUACAUCCUAGAGGGUGGACAGCGGCGGUUAUCAGAUGCCAGAAAAGAAACUGUCCUGAAAAUCCCUACUCCCACCUUCCGAAGGGAAAUAAGGGAAUUCCUAGGAUCGGUCGGCUAUUGCUGCCUCUGGAUACCGGGUUUUGCUGAGAUCGCCAGGCCCCUAUAUGAAGCUACCAAAGAGGGGAGGGCGUUUGAAUGGACUGAGAAAGAAGAGGCUGCCUUUAACCAGUUGAAGAAAGCCCUCCUAGCUGCUCCAGCCCUGGGCCUGCCAAACAUUACAAAGCCCUUUCACCUCUUUGUAGACGAACACAAAGGAAUAGCGAAGGGGGUUUUAACUCAAGCCUUGGGCCCCUGGAGCCGCCCAGUAGCAUACCUGUCUAAGAAGCUAGAUCCAGUAGCUUCCGGCUGGCCACCGUGCCUAAAUUAUGCGGCAACUGUGCUCUUAGUCAAGGACGCCGACAAACUGACCCUGGGGCAGGAAAUCUGGAUCACAACCCCGCAUGCCAUUGAGGGAGUCCUGAAACAGCCUCCUGAUAGAUGGAUGAGCAAUGCAUGGAUGACCCACUAUCAGAGCCUCCUACUCAACCCUCCUAGAUUGCGGUUCCAGCCUAGUGCGACCCUUAACCCUGCUACUUUGCUGCCCGACCCUGACCUAGAUGCCCUACUACAUGACUGUGCGGGAAUCCUAAAGCAAGUACAUGGAUUCCGAAAGGACUUGACCGACCGGCCCCUCCCAGAUGCCAAGGCCACUUGGUUCAUGGAUGGGAGCAGCUUCAUACGGGACGGGCACAGGUACACGGGGGCAGCGGUGGUCACUGAAAUGGACACUGUAUGGGCAGAGGCUCUACCCUCCGGGACGUCAGCCCAGCGAGCAGAGCUCAUCGCCCUCACUAAAGCGCUAACGCUGGGGGCUGGAAAACGGCUCAACAUCUACAGCCGUUAUGCAUUUGCCACAGCUCAUGUUCACGGGGCAAUCUAUCAGGAGAGGGGAUUACUGACGGCAGAGGGACGGACUAUAAAAAAUAAGCAGAAGAUACUCGACCUGCUUACGGCCUUAUGGCUUCCUGCCAAGUUAGCCAUUAUCCACUGCCAAGGGCACCAGAAGAAUGAUGACUCGGUAGCGAGAGGUAACCGAAAGGCUGAUCAGGCAGCCAAAGCAGUGGCCCUUACCUCGAUCCCCACCAUGGCCCUACAACUACCGGACCCAGGGGACCCAGUUUUACCAGCCCAGCCCAAAUACUCCCAGGAGGAGUUGCAGCGGAUCAGGAAACUCCCCCUGGCCCAGGAGAUAAAGGGAUGGUGGUAUACACCGGACAAAGAGCUCAUACUGCCAGACCGGCUCGGAGUCCCAGUAUUAGAACGCAUGCACUGGUCCACCCACCUGGGGGCCCGGAAAUUAAAGGAUUUAAUCCGACAUGCUGGAAUCAAGAUUCACCAACAGGACACCAAAAUAGAUCAGGUUGUAUCUGCCUGCAAGACCUGCCAACUUACGAAUGCAAGGGCCAGGGCGAGUGAAAGAGGGACCAGACUCCGAGGAACCAGGCCGGGAGCACAAUGGGAGAUGGACUUCACCGAAAUUAAGCCAGGAAAGUAUGGUUAUAAAAAUCUUUUAGUAUUUAUAGACACCUUUUCUGGAUGGGUAGAGGCAUACCCAACCAAGCACGAAACAGCUCAGACGGUAGCCAAGAAACUGCUAGAAGACAUCCUUCCCAGGUAUGGAUUUCCUGCUAUGAUAGGGUCAGACAACGGACCAGCUUUUAUUUCACAGGUAACACAGGCAGUAGCCAAGGCUAUAGGGGCAGAUUGGAAAUUGCAUUGUGCUUAUAGGCCCCAAAGUUCAGGGCAGGUAGAAAGAAUGAAUAGAACUCUAAAAGAGACCCUUACCAAAUUAACCAUAGAGACUGGCGGGGACUGGGUGUCUCUCCUACCGUACGCCCUUUACCUGGUACGGAACUCUCUACACCCUGGGCUUUACCCCUAUGAGAUCAUGUUUGGCAGGCCACCCCCUAUCAUUCCUAACCUCAAGGCCGAGCUUCUUGCUGAAUUUGAAAACCUAGACAUAUCUUUUCUCUUAAGAGGGCUCCAGAGGACGCAUGAGGACAUUUGGCCGUGCCUCUGUGCCAUCUAUGAGGCUGGCCUGACCCCGACGCCUCAUCAGUACAGACCGGGAGACUGGGUUUUUGUCAAGAGGCACCGCCGGGAGACCCUUGAGCUGCGUUGGAAGGGCCCCUACGUCGUAGUGCUGACUACACCCACCGCUCUCAAGGUAGACGGCGUCGCAACCUGGGUCCACCACACCCACGUCCUCCCAGCUGAUCCCUCUGCAGUCCAGGAGGACCUCGUCACACAAUGGAGCCUCGAUCACAAUCAGCGCAACCCGCUCAAGCUCAAGCUACGGCGCAUACAACCCGCCUGAUGUUGGUAACUCUAUUGACCCUGUUCGCUGUUGCCCAUACUGCCGGGAGUCCCCAUGCCCCCUACAAUCUAACCUGGCAGAUCAUAGACACCAGCUCGGGGACAGUACUUAAUCAGACUUCCCAGAUUCACCCUAAGAACACUUGGUACCCGGACCUUUACAUAGAUUUGCUAGACCUCAUCCAUGUUUCAUGGGACCCUAGCUUCACCCAGGGCCACCAUUUCUAUGUCUGUCCCGGGCACUCACGGACUCCGCGGGGGCGCACCCGGGACCCAUGUGGAGGAGCAGAGGACUACUUCUGCGCCUCCUGGUCGUGUGUCUCGACUGGACACAUCUGGUGGACUCCCCCAAAAACCGAUGACCUGAUAACCAUGGCUCGGCCGGCGGCACCGGCCUGUCAGAAAUAUAGCAAGGGUCUCCACACCCCAUGCAACCCUGUGCGGAUAUCCUUCACAGAACAGGGAAAGAAAGCAACAGGAUGGGACACUGGUAAAACCUGGGGGAUUCGCCUCUAUGAUAAGACUAGACUCGGGGCUAUGGACCAUGGAGGAUUAUUUACCCUUCGAGUACAGGCAGCACCCUCUCACCAACAGACUCCAGCAGGAGUAGGGCCUAACCAAGUGCUGGCCCCCCGACCUGUCCCUACCCAGGCGUCCCCGCCCAAGAGCACCUGGGCCCCGGCCUCAUAGUCCUCCGCAUCCCUUGUCCCUACCUGGGCAUCCUCCGCAUCCUCUACCCCGUUCUGUACCUCAACAUCUGACACAGACCCCCUGUGGAGCAUGGUCAUAGGAGCAUAUCAUGUUUUAAAUGCUUCCUGACCCGACCUGACCGAGUCCUGUUGGCUCUGUCUCAAUGUCCGGCCACCAUAUUAUGAAGGUAUUGCUAUUAGAGGCAAUUAUACGACGGCCUCCAAUUCCAGCUCCUGCAGGUGGCAGCAGGCCACCGCAAGACUAACCCUCCAGGCAGUAAUAGGGCAAGGUACUUGCAUAGGCCGAGUGCCCCCUGAACAAUCACAUCUUUGUCUGUCAGUCCCUAGUGGGACAGCUUACCUGCUCCCCCCCGAAAAUGCAUGGUGGGCCUGUUCCAGCGGCCUCGCUCCCUGCGUCCACUCCCAAAUCCUCAACUCCUCAAAAGAAGGUUUUUGCAUACUCGUCCAGUUAAUCCCCAAGCUAGUAUAUCAUUCGGAAGAGGAAAUAUUUAGCAGGUUAGGUUCUGCUAACCCCCGGAGUAGGAGAGAACCUGUCACAGUCCUAACCCUGGCCGCGCUCUUAGGGCUGGGACUAGCAGGGGCAGGAACUGGGAUAUCCUCGCUUGUCAUACAAGACAAGAACUAUGAAACCCUAAGAACAGCCAUUGAUCUAGACAUAGAAAGAAUUGAAAAAUCCAUUACCCAUCUGCAAGAAUCCCUCACUUCCUUAUCUGAGGUAGUACUCCAGAACAGAAGAGGAUUAGACUUAUUAUUCAUGCAGCAAGGAGGCCUAUGUGCAGCCCUAGGGGAGGAGUGUCGUUUUUAUGUUGACCAUUCAGGAGUUAUUAAGGAAUCCAUGGCCCUCAUAAGAGAGGGACUGCAGAAGCGGAAGCUAGAAAGGGAGCAAUCUCAGUCUUGGUAUAAGUCUUUAUUUAACUGGCCCCCAUGGUUAACUACACUUAUUACCGCCCUCGCCGGACCCCUUGUAAUCCUACUAAUGCUGUUGACCUUCGGCCCUUGCAUUAUCAACAGACUAGUCCAGUUUGUCAAAGAGCGUAUAGGGGCGGUUCAGUUGAUGGUUUUGCGCGUCCAGUACAGGCCUCUAGAAGCAGAAGACGAGGUAGAAAUGCAGUCCGUCCCAUGAUUGGGCCCGUAAGUUCCAAAACAAGGGGGGAAUGAAAGGGCAGAGCAGGACUGACUCCAUUUUGUCCUGUGUCCUCCAUCUUGUGUACCUAUGUCCCUGACAUGACCCCUUCUCCAAGAAAAACCACAGAAUGUGUCAGUUACCCAACUCACCCUUAAAUCAGCCAAUGGGAAUGCAAGGGGAACUAACCUAAGGCCAAAAGUAUGCUGACCGCAUCCUGUCUUUGUGUAACCGGACCCUAGCCCAUCCUGUCUUUGUGUCACUGGACCCUAGCCCUCACCCAACCAAUCGGAAUCAGCCAACUCAGUGGCCUGAGCAUCACCCCACCACCCGACCCCAAGCCCUAUAAAAUUGCUGUGCUUCUGGAACUCGGGGCUCUUUUGCAUCCUGCCGCUGCGUCGGUGGAGGCGGAGAGACCGGGCUCAAGCUAGAAUAAAGGCUCUUUGCUUUUGCAUCA